CUUUUUCUUUUGUUUCCACUAACCAACUUUCAAAUUUAAUUGAUCCUCUUCGUCUUCAUCUUCAUCUUCAUCUGAGCUAUCGAAAGAUUCAAGCAACUAAUGGAGACCUCUACCCCUCCCUUCUUUUUCGCUCUCGUGCUUUUGACAUUAACCAGCGUUACACUGAUCGCCUCCUCCUCCCCGUUUUCCAACUCAACUACUGAUCAAGACGCUCUCCUUGCCUUCAAAAACACCACCAAAUUGGACCCUGAUUCCAUCCUGAUCAGCAACUGGUCGACCAAUGCUUCCAUCUGUAGCUGGACUGGCGUCUCAUGCAGCCUCGCCUACCAAAGGGUCACGGCCCUCAAUUUCUCCGGCUUCCUCCUCCACGGAACCAUCUCUGCACAUCUUGGAAACUUAACGUUCCUUCAGUCUCUGGACAAGAGUUCCAACAAUUUCACAGGCUCCAUACCCUCAGAGCUCUCCAACAUCCAAAUGCUGCAGACUUUGAACUUAGCGAGCAAUCAGCUCGAGGGAGGUCUACCGAGUGGAGUCUUCACCAACAUAUCUGCGUUGGUAGAGAUCAACCUCAGGUCUAACAACCUAUCGGGAGAGCUCCCAAGUGAUAUAUGCAGCAACACUCCGAAACUCAAGAGGUUACAUCUGAGCGGAAAUAAAAUUGUUGGAAAAAUCCCGAAGAGUAUAUGCAAGUGCAGAGAGAUGGAAGAUUUGCGAAUAUCAUCUAACAAACUCACUGGCAACAUACCAACUGAAAUCGGGAACUUGACGAAGCUUACUUAUUUAAGCAUGUUUUCAAACCAUUUGGAAGGAGAAAUUCCUUCAUCUGUCUUCAACAUUUCUUCUCUGGAAUUUGUGUACCUUGGUGACAACAUUCUUACUAGAAGUGUCCCCAUUUUCAACAGUUUAACCAGGCUUUAAAUAUUGUAUCUUGACAGCAACUUGAUAGGUGGCAUACCCAAAGAAAUUGGAUAUCUCACCUCCUUGCAGCAUCUAAAACUUAAUAACAACAAAUUAACAGCAAAUUGGGAACCUUACUCUGCUGAGAACAUUAUAUAUUGAUUCCAACAAUUUGACAGGUAUGUAUCUCUAAAGAAAACAUUAAUUGAAGCAUGCAAGUUACAUUACUUAUUAAUGAAAUUUGUUACUGAAUAUGAAUUACUUGAUGAAUGGUGAAAUACCAGAAGAGCUUGGUAAUCUCAAAAACAUCACACUUAUUCAUGCAUACAUGAAUGCUUUGAGUGGUUCCAUCCCACAUUCCAUAUUUAAUCUCUCAACAUUAAAGGUAUUAUCUCUUCUGCUCAAUCAUCUCUCCGGCAGUCUUCCUCCAAACAUAGGCCUCUCACUUGUCAAUCUCCAAGAGCUACACUUAUCUUCCAAUAGACUCACCGGAGAAAUCCCAACCACUAUCAGCAAUGCUUCCAUGCUUACUUGGUUGCAGUUGAAUAAUAACUCAUUCACUGGCUCCAUUCCCCACUUUGAUAACUUAAGGUCCCUCCAAGUUAUUCGACUUUGGGGAAAUAAUCUGACGGGAGCUGACUCUCCGGAUCAAGAACUCACAUUUCUCUCUUCACUAACUAACUGCCCAAAUUUGGAGUACUUGGAGUUAUCACUUAAUCCGCGGAUGAAUGGUGUCCUCCCGCCUUCGGUUGGGAACUUAUCUGCUUCUCUCAUCACUUUUCAAGCAUCUAACUGCAACAUCCGAGGAGUUAUUCCUUCUGCUUUUGGAAAUUUGAGCAAUUUACAAACUUUGGAUUUAUCUACGAAUAAUCUCACAAGAUUCAUCCCGGCAACAAUGGGGAAGUUGAAGCAACUGGGGAAGUUAGUCCUCUAUAAUAACCGGCUGGGCGGAUAUAUCCCUCGUGAUCUUUGUCUAAUGAGUAAUUUGAUGAACUUGGGCUUGCAUGCCAACAUGCUCGUAGGUCCGAUACCAGAAUGUUUGGGGGAAGUUAAAUCUCUAAGAAUGGUCAUUAUGAGCUCGAACAAGCUGAGUUCCACUCUCCCUUCGGAAAUCUUUGGUCUUGCAGACCUCAUAUAUUUGGACUUGUCUUCGAACAAUCUGAGUGGUCAACUUCCGUAUAUUGGAAGGUUGAAGGCUAUUAACCAGUUAGACUUAUCCGCUAACGAGUUUUCAGGUUCUAUUCCUGAAUCGAUUGGCGGAUGUGAGUCACUUGUGUACCUAAAUUUGUCGAAAAAUGCGUUUAAUGGUUCCAUCCCUCAGUCAUUGGGAGAGGCCAAAGGAUUGAGUAAAUUGGAUCUGUCUUAUAAUCACCUGUAUGGUUCGAUACCCGAGUCACUGGAAAAGCUCAAGCUUGAGAAGUUGAAUGUGUCUUAUAAUGAUCUGGAAGGGGAAAUACCAGAUGAAGGUUGUUUUUCUGAGUUUGAUGCUCUUUCAUUUCUCAACAACUUUAAGCUAUGUGGCUCGGAGAGAUUUCAAGUGCCAUCUUGUCCGAAGAAUCAUCCAAAAUCAAAGGUUGUUGCUCUUGUAAUGAAAUUUGUUGUUCCACCCUUUGUUGCAUUCUUGUUUGUGGUGGUUGGUUUACUCAUUCUGAUAAGGAGAUGGAGGCGGCCACGAGACAAACCGCCUCCUACGGAAAAUUCAUCAAAACUUAGGAGCUGGAAAGUAGUUUCGGAGAAAGAACUAGAGCAGGGAACAAGUUCUUUUAGUGACACGAAUCUUCUUGGUAAAGGAAGCAUCGGUAAAGUCUUCAAAGCAACACUAGCAGAUGGGACAGAAGUUGCGGUGAAAGUGUUCAACUUAAAAGUAGAAAGAGCCAUCAGUAUCUUUGAAACUGAGAGUCAUAUAUUGAGCACUAUUCGACAUAGAAACUUGGUAAAGAUACUUGGUUGUUGCAGUAACCCUGAAUUCAAAGCCUUGAUUCUUACAUAUAUGCCGAAUGGAAGCUUGGAGAAAUGGCUGCAUUCGGACAAGAAUUGUCUUGAUCUGGUGCAAAGACUACAAGUAGCAAUAGAUGUGGCGUUAGGUUUGGAAUAUCUUCAUCAUGACCAUACGUACCCUGUAGUUCACUGUGAUAUAAAGCCAGGCAAUGUGUUGCUCGAUGCAGAUAUGACUGCUCAUGUUGGGGAUUUUGGUAUCGCCAAGCUCUUCGGCCACGACGAGGCUGCAGUUCACACUAUAGCCAUGGGAACUAUUGGUUAUGCAGCACCAGAGUUUGGAUCAGAUGGAAUGGUAUCUACAAUGGGAGAUGUAUACAGUUAUGGGAUACUGUUGUUGGAGAUGUUCACAAGCAAGAAGCUGACAGAUGAAAUGUUCAACGGCGAAAUGAGAAUCAAGGAGUGGUGGGUAAAGCAUUAAACGAAAAUGCAAUAAGCGUAGUUGUGGCCUCUGUUUUGGUAUCAAUAGAAUAUUUCUCUGCAAAGAUAGAAUGUGUGACAUCUGUUUUCGAAUUGGCGAUGAAAUGUUUGGCCUUUUUACCACAUCUCUGCUCCUGCUAUUGAUCGACUUGUUGUGAAUGUGAAGUUGAAUGUUUUGAGGGGCUGCCUCUGUUUGUCUUACACGCGAGGUUAUAAAAUAGUCAUCUGGUUGAUGAAGGAAUACCGAGUCGGGGAAUCUUGGACCAUAGAGGGCAAGAUUAGUGUUUAUAUUGAUAUUGAUUUUGGUUAUGAUUUUGAUUGGCAUGAUAUGACUGUUUAUCCAAUCAAACUUUUCAAAAAUGGUGACGUUUUGAUGUUGUUUGAAGACAAGUGCCUCAUCUACUACUCUCACGAGACAAGGACUACUCAACAAGUCGGUAUGCUUACGGAUGGAAAUCUAGAGGAUGCGGAUGAGGAUGACGUUAUCUUUGCCAUGAUUUACACUCCAAGCCUUUUCUCACUUAGGAAAUUCGGAUUUGAGAAUGUGACGUCAUUCUAGUGUCUACAUUUGUGUUUUGUUGUUAUAUGGCCGUGUUCGUGCCAACCUGGCACGCACUAUAUGUCUAGCCUAGCUACUUUUGUCUUUUGUCGUAUCAGAUGGUGUCAACAUGAAUUAAAUUGUGUUGUUAACUUGUUAUCAUGUUGGUUUUUGCAAGGGAUGUGUAUGUGAUAAUGUUCAAGGUUUUCUUAUCAUGUGGUGUUCGAGUUUGACCUUA